AGACUUUCGAUGAACGCCUCAUCGUUUUCAUUAAUUAUUCUCAGAGACGAAAAUGCCCUUUUCCCAUAAGAAAAACAUUUUGUAAAUUAACCACCAGAAUUAGUCCUGCGUCGUCUGUGAAAUUGCUCUCUGGAACCGCCAGCUGAGAUUCUCAAUUUUUCCGGCACAUCUCUUCGCCAUUGAAAUUCAGCUGAAAUUCGUCCUGUUAGAGUAUGGAUAGACAAACCCUAGCUUCAUCAGCAUCCUCGUCCAUCGGUGAUCUACCGCCACAGGAAGAUGCUUGGCUAAGUACAUACUAUAAAUUACUUCCUCCGUGGCAGUCUCUUGCUUCAUCUCAUCAGUCUGCCAUUCCAAUUUCAAUAUCAAGAGUUAAUCAGGUAGAUGCAGCAAGAUUGGACAUUGAAAUGUCCGCCAUGCUAAAGGAACAGUUGGUUAAGGUCUUCUCUUUGAUGAAGCCAGGAAUGCUUUUUCAAUAUGAGCCAGAACUUGAUGCUUUCUUGGAGUUCCUUAUCUGGCGUUUUUCUAUCUGGGUUGAUAAGCCUACACCGGGUAAUGCUCUAAUGAAUUUGAGGUAUAGAGAUGAACGUGCGGUUGAAGUGAGAGGAAAAGUUCGAACAGGAUUGGAGGGGCCUGGUAUUACAGUUGCUCAGAAAAUAUUGUACUGUGUCGCUACUGUUGGUGGGCAAUAUAUGUUGGCCCGUCUUCAAUCAUUUUCUGCUUUUCGAAGAUGGGGCGACUCUGAGCAGAGGUCCUUGGCACGCCGAGCAUGGUUAUUAAUACAACGGAUGGAAGGGAUCUAUAAAGCAGCAUCUUUCAGUAAUCUACUUCUUUUUCUUUAUACAGGAAGGUAUAGGAAUCUCAUUGAAAGAGCUUUAAGAGCCAGGCUUGUUUAUAGCAGCCCAAAUAUGAACAGAGCCGUGAGCUUCGAGUACAUGAAUCGCCAAUUGGUGUGGAAUGAAUUCUCGGAAUUGCUGCUCUUGGUUCUUCCCCUUCUCAAUUCAUCAUCUGUCAAGACUUUUCUUCAUCCAUUCUCAAAGGAUAAAUUUUCAGACUCUUCAGUGGAUGACACUUUGUGCCCAAUCUGUCAAGGAAAGCCAACCAUUCCAUUUUUAGCUAUCCCUUGUCAGCACAGCUACUGUUACUACUGUCUUCAAACACGGUGCUCCGCUUCUCAGUCUUUUCGUUGCCUCCGAUGUGGCGAAUCGAUUGCUGCUAUGCAAAGACAUGGUGGUUCGGUCAACAACAUUAGUCAGAUACAAUAAUUCUUGUGAAAGGUGAAAUGAAAUGACGUGAAAGGCAAGCUUCAUUCAAACUAUGUAUCAAAAGUUGCCAAAGAUAACACAGAAAUAGAACUAGGAAUCAAGAUUCCUUGAUAAAGCAACUUGUUCUGCUUUAUUGAGUGCAUUCAUUUGUUAAAGUUCUUGUCUUUUGUAAUGUAGCUUUACUUUCCUAUAAUCUCAUUUAUAUGUCUAUCUUGAAGAUUCUAUUAAAAGUUUGAUCAGUCAGAGGUCACAAUUAAUUCAA